UUGGGGGGAUAAAAUGUUGGGAGUGCAGAUGUUUAAUGGUAAGAUCGGGGUUGGUGCUGUUUGGGGGUGAAGCUGUUUGCAGACAAGGGCGUUUGGGAGCGAGGGAGACGGAAACAAAAGGGUGCAAGGAUGUUUGGAAGCAAGGGCAAGGACCAUUGAAGGGUAGAGACUUCCACAUCAGGAUACUGCUACCUGUGGAUUUGCAACUGAAAAAUGCCAGGAUAGAGUGCAGCUGGCGUCUGAAGAGGAUCCUGCAUGGAUAUAGGCACAUUUUAAAGCAGAGGCUGCACAGCUGCCCAGAUCUUGUCAGCUUUAUGGUGGAGCUGAAAACUGUUUUGGAAAUUGCUUUAAAGAACACACAAGACCUGCACAUCCCACGGCCUCCAGAAUACUACUCCUGUCUUGUCAGAGAUCUAGAAAUACUGGGCUGGAAUAGAGUGGCCUAUGUGGACACUGGGCUGACCACAGUCAAGUUAAAAGCUGAAGACUCUUGUGGUCGACAGCAUCUCAUCACUCUCAAGUUAAAUGCAAAGUAUCCCACAGAACCACCAGAUUGCCUUGUGGAUUUUCCUGUUCCAUUUGCUGUUUCCUGGAUGCCACAGAACUCCUUAAUAGACAUUUACAAUCAGUUCCUGGCAGCCUUGGAGUCACUGAAGGAAUUCUGGGAUGCCCUUGAUGAAAUCGAUGGGAAGACAUGGGUGCUUGAGCCAGAAAAUCCCACACGGAGCGCUACAACCAGAAGAAUUGCAAUAGGGAACAAUGUCUCAGUGAACAUCGAGGUAGACCCUCGCCAUCCAAACAUGCUUCCAGAGUGUUAUUUCCUUGGAGCAGAUCAUGAAGUGAACCCUCUGAGAACUAAACUCAACAACAACAUGCACUUGUGGGAUCCAGAAAUCAGUUUGUUACAAAACUUGAGAGAGCUCCUAGAAAUUGAUUUUCCAUCUCGUGCCGUGUUGGAAAAAAGCGACUUUGCCAAGGACUGUGGGAUCUGCUAUGCCUACCGGCUGGACGGCAGCACGCCCGACCACGUGUGCGACGAUCCUCGCUGCGGGCAGCCCUUCCACCACGCCUGCCUCUAUGAGUGGCUACAAGGCCUUCCUACCAGCAGACAGAGUUUUAAUGUCAUCUUUGGUGAAUGUCCCUACUGUAAUAAGCCCCUGACCCUGAAAUCUUCAAUGAAGAAACUCUAGGGAAAAACUGCAUGGUGGGAGCACCACUGCACUCCCACUGAAGACAAGGGAACAGCAACAUCAAAGCAGAUACAAGGACAGGACAAUGAGCAGCAGAAGCACCAGAACAGCUGCAGUGUAGGGGUAGGUUUCAUCAGUAAAUGCCAGCCUCAACACAGCAGAGAGAGAGGGAUGAGUGGUGGCAGCAGCAGCCUGGGAUGCUGCUGCAGGAACUGGAGUUACAAGGUGAUUGUGUUUCUUUCGGGAUUCUGAGAGUAUUCUGUAGGGGUCAAAUGGUGGCAGCUCUCUUGCAGUGUCUUCCUGCAGGGGAAAAAAAGCUGUGAUUAUGAAGCUAAUAUGAAGUGAGAUGUGAGUCAAAAAAACAGAGAUGCCAUUGAGGUACUUAAGCUAUCCUAGAGAAAGCAUUACAAUUCCUACAGAGUCUUACCUCUGGAAUUUGCACUUGUAUGGAUAUUGUAUGGUGAGUGUGUAACACAAGGCAGGGUUAAACACCUCCUAAAGAGACACCUACAUUUACUAUUGAAUUCUACAGCUGAAAUUCUUCUCUAUCUUUGACUUGUUUCCCAAAAUGUUUAAUAUAUUCAGUCCUUCCUGUGUUCCUGCUAAUAAAGAUUUAUCCUGGAAACUCCAGACAUGA